GGGCUGGAUCUGAGUGAAAGCCAGUUUGGGUGAAAGGAGCAACUGAGCAAACAAGCGAAGAGCCAUACUGAUUCUUCUGGCCUUUUUGGAUCGGUGUAAAAUAAUGAAUUAUUCAAAUGUAAAAAUAAAUUAUACUGAACCAAUGCUCCUCAAAGGGUGAAAAAAUAAUUGAUAAGUUAUGGGGUGAAUCCCUGAAUCUGCCUAACAGGUAUAAUUUUUUUAAUCGCAAUUCUUUAACCAGUUCAGAUUCUCUGUUUAUGAAUUGUUUAACUGAUUCUCCCUCCACUACACCUUUAACUAGUUCUUUGAACUUGUUUCUACAUUUCAUGGCAGCAAAAUGAAGAAGAGCUUCACAAGUCUGGAUAAUGACAACAUCUGGGAAAAGCUCAGUCGCAGAUCCUACUCGGCAGAUUUGACAUCCGAAGAUUCAGAGCUGAAUGUAGAUUGGGAUUCAAGACCAGGAGCCAUGGAGGACGGCUUCGUGGAGCUAGCAUCAGUUCUCCCAGGGACUCGCCAAUCAAGAUCUGGCAGUGAGGCACUAAAGAGAAAGAGGUCGGCAUUCCCGGAGCGUAACAGCAGCAGCAGCAACAGCAGUUGCAGAGUACCUUCAACCAGGAGUGCAACGAGGAGCCUCGAGAACCGCUGGGUACUUGGAAAUAUGGAUGAGGUCCAUGAGGAUGACUUCAUGCAGGGAAAGAAAUCUUUCAGAAGGAUAAGCACUGGAGAAAGUGGGCGGAAGGGACUGGGUGCUUCUCCGGAAACUAUACGAUUGGAGCACGGCGGCAGUAGCAGUCGCCCCUUGAACAUCGACUGGUUUGAAGAUUCGCUGAAAAGAUUUGAAGUCACAGACAAAAAAGGAGCAGUGGCAGGGAGCCAAGAAGACCACCUGGAUUUCUUGCUCGAACAAUAUGAUGAUGUCAAAGGCAAACGGCAUGAAGAUGGAGAAGGCGAAGGACGUGAUCAGGCAACUGGGGAGAGGGACUGGUUUGAAGCAGUGGCACAUGGGUUCAGCUUUGGAUCUGGGUUGGCAGGAGCAGGGGUCUCCGAGAAAGAGGGCAUCGCAGAGGUCUCCAGCUCCAACAGCUAUCCCAUUGAACGGAAGAAGGUGAGACAUGAAUGUGGUCCCGGCAGUGACUUUUCGAAACGAAGAAGUCAAUUUGAGCAAGGACGACGCAGCCAAACCUCCAAGAGACCACGGACAAGCCCGUCUUUCAGUGACGAAACGUGUUCGUUUGUUGCCGAUGGAACUGCUCCGAUGACACGGACAUUCACAGGGAGGAAGCCUCGAGGUGAGAAUCUCUAUGAUAGGAGGAGCUCAGGAUCCAGUUGUCGUAGUUUCUCACCCCGGGACUCAGGGCUACAUGGGACUGACCUGAUCUUGCCAAGGGACUCGUCACUACAUGGGACCAAGCCGGUCCCGCCAAGUCAUUCAGGUGGUUUCCAACAUUUAUUUCUUGGAGUGGAUGAUGACAGAUUCAAGGGGGCAGCAGAGGAUUUGAAAAGUGGUUCUCACGCACCUGGUCUUCCGAUCGGUUUGGACUUUUUGAUCCCAGAUCAGGAACAUGAUGAGCUUUGUGAUGUCCUUGCUGAUGAUCAUGACAGAGACAACAACACCACUGGGUUGUUCAACGUGGCAGCAAUUGCAGUUCAUGGCGCAGCUUUGUGGACCACCGAAUUAGGUCCGGAGCUGCCGCAUGCGAACUAUUCGGAGGGCGCUGAUGAUGACUGGAUGAUGUCAUCGUCUACAGCGAUUUCAUCGUCUACAGGAGCUUCAGAAGAAGAAGUGGAUACCCUUUUGGCAGCAUUAGCACCUCAAAACUGUAUAGAACAUGGCACACUACUUCACGGGACUGAUUGCCGAAAACUGGAACCGCUGACAGAAGCGGAUGAUUCCUGGGCGCGCUACGAGAAAGCCUUGCAGUUAGAAUGCCGGAACGAGCAGCCGGUGGGCCCAACAAAAUGCUGGGACCAGGAGGAAGAUUUUAUCGAUCAUGAGACCGAUGGGACUCUGCUAGGAUUGCGAGCGGUUCCGGACAGCGCCUGGGAACAUCAUCACAAGUACGAUCAUGAUGCGUUCCAGGCAUUAGGUGCUUCAUCAGAAGAAGGGCCGUCAUAUGGUGAUCCCAAGUGGCCCCCGAAUGAGUACCGCAGCAGUCCUAGCAGCGGAGGCGGCGGAAUGAGCCCCCAACUUAUCAUGACUGCGAACGGGGACUUCAAGCCCCCCCCCUGGCUUUCGAAGAUGCCCAACUACCAGAGGGGCGAUCAGUGGCCAGGCAUCAACCGGCUCGCAGCUGACGUCAUGCUUUCGCCAGUGAUCCACAACGAUGACAAUAGCAGGCCUGACAAUUGCAAGAGGAGCCAGAGGAAGGAGGUCCUCGCAUCUCGUGCUGCGGAAUCUGAGGAAAGUGUAGGCGACUCUCAGUCUUCCAAACGAUUCCUGGCCGCGGCAGCACGAUUGCAGGAAAUACAGGACUUGACCGCAUCUGCUCCAUUUCGCAAAUAUGCCUUUCAGACCCCCGACAGGAAGGGGAAGCCACAAUCAGCCGUCAUCAACAAGGCGGAGGGAGAGAAAGCAGGCCUAGACUCCAGCACACCACACUCAAAGAUGAAAACGCUGCAAACGACAGAAAAAACGCUCGCAGGGGUAAACCAGACAAACAGCAUAGCAACAGCAAAGAGAGGCCGAGUGAGGAGGAGGAUAAUGUUUCAGCCAAGUGUAUUUGAUAAGAAACCUGGGCAUUCCUCAGAGAAGGCUGCUCCAUUACCCCCUCCCGCGAAGACGAGGAGUCGGUGUGCUAACAAUAGCAAUCCAGGCCCUGCCAGUGCGCCGUUGAAGGCGAAUCACCGGCAACAGUGUCGACAUAGUUCUUCUUCUUCUGCUGCUGCUGCUGAUGAUGAUGAUAUACGUUUGGCAGAAAAUGUACCUAUGGAUCAUCAUGGUAAUAAUGCAUUGGCUGCUCUCUCUAAUGACGGCAACAGGGGAUGGGAUGGAAAUCAGUCUCAGGAUUGUCAAGCAGAUGAUGAUGGCUCCGAUCUGCCAGCGACUACUGCUGUCGGUAACACCGUCAAUCGCAAAACCAGGAGCCGGCAAGGUAAUCUACCUGAUGCACCGUGUCGAAGAGAAGCUGGCCAAGAUCCUAUUGUCGCCUCUGCCGGAUGGUCAGACAAGGCCGAUGGUGCAGCAGAGAGUUGUGCUGUGGAGGUGGACAAGCGAACACUGAACCACGGUGUGUUGGGGAUGGGAAGACAGGCAAACGCUGAAUGCUCAUCCGCUUCAGAAGAUCAGUCAUCCAGUACGUUCGGAGGGAAAGCAGGUCAUCAGCUUCAGAUCGCAAAUCCUACAGAAGACAAGCCAGAGGCGGAAAACACGUCAGAGACGCCACGUUCUCAAGAAGGUGAAGGAGGUGGGUUUGAAUCCCUCUUCCGCCAAGGUGAAGAAGGUGAAGAAGGAGAAGAAGGAGAAGGAGGAGAAGGAGGAGAAGAAGGAGGAGGAGGAGAAGAAGGAGAAGAAGGAGGAGGAGGAGGAGGAGGAGGAGGAGGAGGAGGAGGAGGUUACUUUGUCAUGCUGCCAAACACCCAGGCAAGUCCUCAAGAGGGUGAAGAACAACUGCACUUUGUCACACUGCCAAACACGCAGGCAGAGCAAAACACAGUGAUGACUGCUGCUAGGGAUCAGAGCGCCGAUCGUGAAAGCGAAGCCGGUCAUGAUCGCCUGCCUUAUGCAGCUUGUCCGACAGUGCUGGAUAGAGUUCUUGGCUGGAAUGACCAGGCAGCAGAGGUCGAGGGCAGUAAGGAUCAUCAUCAUGGCAUAAAGAACGAGCAAACGAUCGAUUGCCAGGCUUUGCCUAGUGCGGAAGGGCAGGUAAAUGAUCUCUCGUCUGCUUCGAAUGAUGGCGGCUUAUCCGAUGAAAUUGUGAUGGAAGCAGCAGAUCUGUUCCCCAUAAGGAAAGAUGGUAGACAAGACAAGUCAUCGGCAUGGGAAGAAUCGGAGCGGCACUUAACUCGUAGACAAGAGAAGGAAGCUCACUCUGUCAUGCUACCAAAUACCCAGAUGGAUUUGCAUGUUGCCCAAGAGGAGUAGACCAGGCGAGACCUAUCGAACAAUCUAGAUCAAGUUCUGAUGUGUGAAUUGUUAUGGGUUUAGAGUCUUUAGACUCUAGAGUUU